CCGGGCAAGCUGCUGCUCAGAGCACUCGCACAGGUACAUGCCACUGCCUCCUCCAGUCCCUCUGGCUCCCCCAGCUCGAAGCUCAGGCUCUGGGAUCUUGGCUCCAGGCUCUGCCAGGUCCUCAAGAUGAAGGCUGUGGUGCUCACCUUGGCCCUGCUCUUCCUCACAGGGAGCCAGGCUCAGCAUGAAACACAGCAAGAGCAGCCCCCGUCACAAUGGGAGCGAGUGACGGCUUUAGCCCAGGUGUAUCUGAACUCAGCCAAAGUCAGUGGCAGAGAGUACAUAGUCAAGUUUGAAGAGACCGACCUGGCAAAAAAGCUGAACCUGACAGUCCUUGAAAAAUUGGACACCCUGAGCAACAAGGUCGCCGACCUGCAAAAGCAGCUCCACCCAGUGGCCCAGAACAUCUGGGCCAAACUGAAGAAUGAGGUGGGGAUGCUGACCGGGGAGCUGAACAAGGACCUGGCGGAGGUGAUGAAGUCCUACCUGGAGGGCAUCCAGAAGAAGUGGCAGGAAAGGGUGGAGCCGCUGGGCCAGGACCUGCGUGUGAGCGCGCAGAAGCAGCUGCAGGUGCUGCAGGAGAAGCUGGGCCAGCUGGGCGAGAAGGUGCGGGACAGCGCGCGUGAGCACAUGGAUCGCGCGCGUGCGCACGUGCUCUCGCUGCCCGUGAUCCUGCAGCCCUUCGGGGAAGAGCUGCGCCAGUGCAUGGAGCCCUGCAACGGCAAGCUGCGCGAGUGCCUGGAGCCCUACGGGGAGCAGCUGCGCGAGCACCUGCAGGCGCUGCGGGAGGGCGGCGUGGGGCUGGCCGAGCUGCGGGAGCAGGUGGGCGAGCAGCUGCUCUCGCUGCGCAAGCAGGCGGAGCCCACGCUGGGGGAAAUACACAAUGACCUGCAGCCGAUGUGGCAGAUCCUCCAGGACGCCUUCCUGUACGACAUCUCCCAGAGGCUGACCGGCCAGUGAGGCGCCCGCUCCCCUCCCCGACCUCGGUCCCCUUCCCAUCGCUCGGUUUCUGAGAAUAAACGUUUACAAAGCGGGACGCA